AUGGAGAUGGAGCAGGAGCACUUUCAAGAGGCAGAGCAAGAGCAAGGGCCGAGGGCCUCUCUGAGUUUGAGCAGCCAAGAGAAGAACCUUAUUGUGCAGUUCCUUCAACAGCAAUGUCGUGCUGGAGCACUUCCACAUGGUUCAUUUCAAGAGGCAGCCAAAAAAUUCAAAGUGCAUGCAAGGACAGCUAGCCACUUAUGGAGGAUAGCCAAGCAGCAAGUUGAAAAUGGGGAACCUGUUGUCAUGACAGGCAAAGCAUCAGGAUAUAGUAAGAAAAAAGGAAAAGUAAUUCUUGAUGAAGAUAAGUUUAGACACUUGUCUCUGCUUGAGAGAUCAUCAAUAAGAAACUUGAUAUUAAGAUGGAAGUUAGCAAGUCCACAGUUGCCAACUAUAGCUGAAGGUAAGCUUCUUUAUCAUGCAAUGCACAACACAGUUCAUAUCGAUGAGAAAUGGUUCUACAUGACAAAGGCUUCAGACAGAUACUACCUCUUGCCGGAUGAGGGUGAGCCUUACAGGUCUUGCAUAUUUCCAUUCACACAACAAGUUCCAGCCAAAAGGAAGUCAAAGAAUAGGCCAAGAGGGACACUUGAGACAAAGCCUAUCCUAUCAGUUAACAAGGAAGCCAUGAGAGAAUGUCUCUUGAAUCAGCCAACCAGCCAACUCCCCAGACACCAAUGUAUUGGACCUUGGCUUUUUAGGGCUAUACAAUCACUACAAGAUGACAAACUAGCCACCAAUAUAGAUGAAUUGUUAGGUAAUGUUUGGAGUUCUUUUGAGGAACUCACACCACAAACUAUAAACAAUGUUUUCUUAACAUUACAAAGCUAUUUCAGCAAGAUCCUAGAAGUCCAUGGGAGCAACAACUACAAAAUCCCCCACUUGAACAAAGAUAGGUUGAGUAAGACAGUGAGGCUUCCUACCUCACUUGAAGUUGAAGAGAAUCUAGUAAGGGAAAGCUUGGAGUAUCUACUACUCCCUGAGAAUGAUGUGGGUGCCUCAUAUGACAUAGUGCAUCUAAGCAAUGUUUUAGGUUUCUAG